GUGCACCAGAGCUUCAGGGAUUUCGUGGAAAAAGCACUUUCCGGUCGCAGUUUCAUAAAGAAACUGACGCUAAAAUGUCAAGAUGGUCGUAUCAGUGUCUGUCUUACCGACAAAUGGAUACGCCUUGCCUUGGAACGAGGUCUCGUGGAUCUUGAUCUGCGUCUAACAACGGCUUUGAAAUGGGAGGCAGUUUGGUUGCUUAAAAAUACUGUCUUCAGAAACAAGACGCUGGUUAAGCUAACUCUAGGAAUAGAGAUUGGUGAAAUAGUAAUAGGGUUUCCAGGAAAAGAGCCUGUGUUUCUUCCAGCGCUAAAGAGCCUCACCAUCUAUGGAGUUUGGUUUAGAUGCGAGUCAUUGUACAAUGGGAUGCUUCCUGGUUGUCCUGUGCUUGAGGAGCUAUCCUUGCAGUAUUACUCAUGCCGAUUAUUAGAUGAAAUUAAGACAGCGGGUACCUUGUUAACGGUAUUACCUUCCUUUGUAAACCUUGUUAAGCUUUCUGUAGAGAGUGAUGAUACAAAAGAACGUUGGCAAGUGCUUCCGAGUCUGCUCAAAUAUUCUCCGAAACUUGAAACUUUGGUCCUCAAGGGACUCUACAUUGGUCCAAGUGAAGUGAAGGUGUUGGAGAUAUAUGGCUUUAGUAGAGGGAGUGGUGGAGAGUUCAUACGAUCCAAGUGCUUUUUCCGGAAAAUGCAGAUUUUUCAAGAGAUGAAAGCGGAAAUUGAGGCUGAUGAUAACAAGAUACUGCAACUCGUCAGUCAGAUUCUUGCUCUUCCCAAUUAA